AUGGAUGCAGAUAUCCUCGAUAUUGUGGCCCAACGUGGCGGGAGGGCCAGGAGUGCAUGUGACCUGUGCCGGCAUAAAAAGAUUCGAUGCGAUGGAGAGAAACCAGCAUGUGAGAAUUGUCAUUUUGCUGGUGUUACCUGCACGUUUACCGUGACUGGUCAACCCAGGAAGACUAUUAGAGAGCAACUCGCUGAAGCCAAGGCUCGUGUACAAGAAUUGGAAAGCUUCAUUGCCGGCCGUCCUCUCCCAGGAGCAGUUUCAUCAACCAUCCAUUCGCAGGAUGAACUGCGAUCUGCCUCACCAUGUCCGCCCAUGUCGCUCUUUGCCGCGCCAUCGCAUCCCCAGGACUCGUCGGAUUUCGACAUAGCCUUGGAAAUCUUCAAACAGCACCUGGAAAUUUCCUGGCCAGGCACUACUAACUCCCCUCAGCGUAACUCAUUCCAUGCUACUGUCUACCGCCAAACCGGCGCUGUCUUGGACUUGCACGGCUUCUUAGCCUGUGCGACAGAGUCCUACAAGGCCCAGUAUGCUUCCAUCUCGCCAGCAAUCUCUACUCCCCAAUGGCCCAGCUACGCACUGAUCCAGAAGUGUCUCGACUACUACGCCGCAAAGAGCAUGUACUCCAUGUUUCCUGUUGUGGAUUUACCUGCUUCCCAGGCUGUCCUUGAUGCCCUCGUCUCUGGCCGUACAGACUCCCUACCUACCACGGCGGAAAAGGCACAUCUCUUCGCCUUCGCAGCCUUUAUCACCAAGCAGCAUCAAAACCAGCCGCAAUUUGCAGAUACAGACCCGGAAGCUUACGUGCAGGCCGUACUGACACUAGUACCUAAGCUCAUGCUUGAGCUAGCUAGUGUCUGCUCUCCACCUCUUAUCCACGACAUCGACGUCGACCUCGACUUCCCCCAAACCUACAUCGACUCUACCACCCACUCUCCCCCACCACCGCGACAAUCACCAUCAUCAUCAGCAUCAUUAUCAUCAUACAAUAGCAACGAAAUCCCCCUCCUCUACCCAACAGACAUCCGCCUCGCCAUCUUCAAAUCCCACAUCUACAACCGCCUCUACUCCAGCCACGCCCAAUCCCUCCCUGAAGCCCGCCGUCUGGCGCAUAUCCGCCAACUCGAUCAGGAUCUGAGUGAACUAUACGCCGAAUUCCCCUUAGGACAUACACCAGCACACACACCUAGAUCCGAAACAAGCACACCCAACAAUCGAGAUCCAACAAUACAACACUCCUCCUCCUCCAACGAAGAAAGUAGUAAUCAUAAAAUGGUCAAUAUCCGCCCUAUCAACAUCCACCUCGAAUACCACUACUGUAUUCGCAAACUGCACGAAGCGAGUAUCACAACUAGCUUAUCUGUCGUCUCUGCUCCGCUUCCUUCAAGUCUGGAGCUGUAUUAUCAGGCCUCGAGGUCGACAUUACUAUAUUACCUGAACUCAGGGAAGGGAGGCCUGGUGGAUCGGUUUAGUUUUUGGUGA